ACGUCGCCAAGGAAAGGAUUGUUAUUCAAAAGGCAUUGCCAGUUCUGAGAGAAAUCCAGAUGUUGAAGAGAGUCUUGGUUUGCUAUUAGGGCUGCCUUUAAAGCAAAUAUCUGUUUCCUGGAUGAUUUUCUUCUCAGCAGUGAAAUUUAUUAUAGCUUCUCUUAAAAAGAGAUGCCUAUCAGAUGCUGUGUCAUAACCAGCUCUUCUCCAGUAGGUCAGGAGGACCAGGCUUGAGACUGUUGGCAAGAAAAUGAGAGCUCUUGACCACUGGGGGUUAUUGUUUAGGCUUUAGUUGCAUGACUGUUAUGUCUCAAAUAGUGUAUAAUUAUCCCUCUUACUGAUAUCUUUAGCAUAUUCGAAACCAUCCAUAUGGGGCCUAAAUCCAUACAAUCCAAAUCUGGCGUAAUCUGUAUUCAUCCAGUCUAUAUUAAGACAUGUUUAAACCAUCAAAGCGAAGGACACUUUAAAUUGAAACAACAUUAAUGCCAGUCAAAUACUGUUUUUACAAAAAUCAGUGAAGUCCACGUUUUCAAGCCUCCAGUAGUCCGUAUUAAUCUGUUCUGUCAGCUGAUUGGGAGCAAAGUAGGGUGAUUGCAGACUCGGACAAUGAUUUUAGGAAGGAAGAGAGUAAUGUUUGCCAUGAGCAAAAAUGGUCAGGAGGAUUGGUUUGCAAGAUAAGUAUUAUCUAUCCCAUUAUAUUGGCGAGACAGCUGAGGCUUAGCUUCUUCCCCGCUUUCUCUGUCUCCCUCCCUUUCCCUCUCCCCCCCCCUCUUAUUUAUCUGAGAAUACUAGUGUUCCUGCAGUUGGUAAAUAAAUAAGGCAGCGUAUCAGGCAACAUAGUGGCCUUUCUUUAUUAUCAACCUGAAAAUAAUUAAGGAAUUUAAACAUUUCUAGUUGUUUAUCUUUUUUUUUUUAAAAACUAUUAGAAACCCAUCUUCCACAAUUUUAUCUUCAGCCUUUUAAACUAACUUCUUUUCACGGGCUAAACUACCUCCUGGCUUUACAAAUUCCAUGAAUUUACUGCUCUGUAGGUAAAGGGGUUCUUCACAGUCACCUUGUCUGGCUUCUGGGGUUCUGCUCUGUGUGAUACCCUGAGACUCUGUGAAAGAACUAUAUAGAAACUAUAUAGAAAAGGGAGCAAGGUGGUUGCCUCAUCCUUGGGAUUAAAGACUGUAGAAGGUGAAUUGAGGCAUUUGGUUUGCCCUGAAGGCGGCAGGUGCAUUUCUGUGGUGUUGCUGUUGCGGAAGUAACAUUUCUUCCUGAAGCCAAACCUGGAGAGGGCAAGAACAGGGCACCCUGAGCAGACCAGGGUGUCUGGGGAGCAUGAAUGGUACCUGAGUUUGGGCCCAUGGAAGAAUAGCUCUGCCCUGGAGCUACAAGAAGCCAGCCUCUGUGAGAUUAAGGGAUUAAGGCAGGUUUCCUAAUACCUCAGGUUUCAGUGAUGUUAGCCCUCCUAAGGCCAAGUCCAACCUGUUCCACUGUGUUGUUCCUGCCUUAUCUUAUUUAAUCCUUACUGUGGCCUAAGUGAGACAGGUCUAAGUACCCAUUUUACAGAUAAGGAAACUAAGGCCUCGAGUAACUUGUCCAGGAUUACAAGCUAGGAUUUAAGCCUAAAGGCUUUCUGAUCCCAGUGUCUUAACGGCCACUUUGCACAGCUUCUAAAUGAGAUCAGCGCCAUGCAUCUUACAUAUAAAAAUUCUAAUAUUCACAGUAACCUCGCAACAUAGGCAGUGUGAUCCUCAUUUUUACAGAUGGAGAGACUAAGGCUCAGAGCAGGUACCAAGUGCUUGAAGCUCAGAUAAAUCAAAGAUGGAACCAGAUUGCAGAAUAUGGACCCAGAGGCACUGGCUCCGACCCAGAGCCAGCACUCUUUCCACUCUGCCACUCUGACGUCCAUCUUCUGUGAUCUUGAGGUCUCCAGUGUAGAGCCUGUCCUGCGCGAUCCCGACAUUGUGUCUUCUGAAGCCCUAGCACCUGCUGGAGAACUCUGGUGGGAGACCAUCGGGGAGCCCGCAACCACAGCAGUGGAUCCCACGGGCCUGGCUCCAUCUAAGUAGAAGUCUGAAACCCCUCCCUGACUCCCUGCAGUCAGAGGUAGCCGCUCUUCCCGGGUGCAUGGACCCGUCCCGUGGGCAGUCACCCCGUGGUCCUGCAGGUGCUGCCGCUGAGCGGGGUCCGGUUGCCCCAGGACCCUGUGGCGGUCCGUCUGCGGGCCGGGCGGCAGUUCCUGCAGCUGUUCGGAAAUCCCCCAGCGCUCCCGUUGUCCUGACCUGCGUGGGGGAGGGUGGCUGUGCGCUCCACUGAGUCCUUCCUUCAUAGCCGGGGGUGGCGGCUUGGAAAACGUUCAGCUGUUUACAAUUCAGCUUAUGUACACCGUAGCCGGGGCUUGUGGGUGAGUCCGGAGGGCCGCGCGCUGCGCCUGUGUCCUCAGAGACGGCGGGCGCGUCAGCUGUAUGGUAAUGGCCGCCGGGGGGAGGCGGGGCCGCCGCCCGGAUGCCUUGACCCGAGCCGCUCGGCCCACAUGCUGCCGAGCCGAGGAGCGCGGCUGCGCUCCGGUCCUCUUGACCAGACUCCACCGGGGCACGUUGCUGUGACACCGAGAGCGGGCUGGGGGCUCCCCGGCUCAGCCUCCCUUUCCUUCUGCUGGCCAGGCUCCCCUGCAGGGACCCAGGGGCGCCACUGCUCAGCCGGGUGCCCAGAGCGCCCCCCCGAGAGAGCUCGGUGAGAGCGGGCUGCUCUGGGUGGCAGAGCGCGGGAGGCACUCCGAGAAGCAGGAUGGUGAGGGCCGGAACCUGCUGUGUGUCCUCGAGAGACAGGGCAGGGCAUUGUUCAUGCACUGACCGACCUCAGCAGCCCCGGCAUGACCUCAGGGAACGGAAAUUCUGCCUCCAGCAUCACCGGCACUGCCCCCCAGAAUGGUGAGAAUAAACCACCACAGGCCAUUGUGAAACCCCAAAUCCUGACGCAUGUUAUCGAAGGGUUUGUGAUCCAGGAGGGGGCGGAGCCUUUCCCGGUGGGACGCUCGUCCCUGCUGGUGGGGAAUCUCAAGAAGAAGUAUGCACAGGGGUUCUUGCCUGAGAAACUUCCACAGCAGGAUCAUACCACCACCACUGACUCUGAGAUGGAGGAGCCCUAUCUGCAAGAAUCCAAAGAGGAGGGUACUCCCCUCAAACUCAAGUGUGAACUCUGUGGCCGGGUGGACUUUGCCUACAAGUUCAAGCGUUCCAAGCGCUUCUGUUCCAUGGCGUGUGCAAAGAGGUACAACGUGGGGUGCACCAAACGAGUGGGGCUUUUCCACUCGGACCGGAGCAAGCUGCAGAAGGCAGGAGCCACGACCCACAACCGCCGUCGGGCCAGCAAAGCCAGUCUGCCAACACUUACAAAGGAUACCAAGAAGCAGCCAACAGGCGCCGUGCCCCUCUCAGUCACGGCUGCACUGCAGCUGACACACAGCCAGGAAGACUCCAGCCGUUGCUCGGAUAACUCAAGCUAUGAGGAGCCCUUGUCGCCCAUCUCAGCCAGCUCGUCCACCUCCCGCCGGCGACAGGGCCAGCGGGACCUGGAGCUCCCUGACAUGCACAUGCGGGACCUGGUGGGCAUGGGACACCACUUCCUGCCAAGCGAGCCCACCAAGUGGAAUGUGGAAGAUGUCUACGAAUUCAUCCGCUCCCUGCCAGGCUGCCAGGAGAUAGCAGAGGAGUUCCGAGCCCAGGAGAUCGACGGGCAAGCCCUGCUGCUGCUCAAGGAGGACCACCUGAUGAGCGCCAUGAACAUCAAGCUGGGGCCCGCGCUGAAGAUCUACGCCCGCAUCAGCAUGCUCAAGGACUCCUAGGGCCGGCCUGCGGCGGUGCGGCCGGCUCCUCCUCCCACCGAGCAGAGCGGCACAGACAUUCCUGAGCGCCCCGAGCCGAGCCAAGCCGAGCCGAGCCGGGCCAGUCGGAGGGAAGGGCUCUCCCCAGGGGGCGUGGCUGGGGAGGAGGUCUUGGCACCCCCUCGGUGGCUCUCAGGGGCCUUUCUUUCUGUGGGAGGGGCAGAGAGGUAGGUGGCGCAGGAGAUGGGGCUUUAUGCUUGUAAAUACUGAUAGCACUGGCUUCCUCCAAAGUCCCAAUACUCUAGCCCCGCUCUCUUCCCCUCUCUCUGUCCCCCAUUUUCCAGGGGGUAUACACGGUCAGGGCUCCCCAACCAGAGUUGGGUUACUUUCAAGGGCAGCUGUCAGGCCUGGAUAGAGGCCUUGCAAGCCCUUGCCUGCCUUUCUCCCACUUCUUUCUCCAGGCCUGGCUAACUCUUCCGUUGCCGGCUUCUCCCCCUUCAGCCCGUUUCUGAAGCAGCCGGGGGUUCUCCCCCUUCACCGUCCGCAGGUGGAGAGAGAGAAGCUGGGCCCGGUGUGGCCACGCCUGCUGGCACGGACGCCUUAACGCUGUGUGUGUGACUGGAUGACUGUGUAGGAGCCUGGACUGGCAGAUGGGCCCAGAGCCACCCUCUGGCAUCUCCAGGUGUUUGUAGCAAACAGCCACUUAGUGCUUUGUCCUGGACUCCACUCAGCCUCAGGACGGGGAAUAGAAAAGAAGGGCAGCCCCCGUGCAGAGAGGCGAGAUCAGAAAGCGGCGAAGAUCAGACGGCUUUCCUUCGCAGAGUGGGCACGCGGUCUCCGGAGUCCUCCCCACGCUGUGAAGUCCCCCUACUGCCCUGCUGUGCCACAGACGGCAUUAAGGGGGCUGCCGUGGGCUGCCCUGGGAGCCCCAGAGUGGGGGCCCAGAGAGCGUCUGAGGGCAGAGAAGAGCCGGGGUGACGUUGACGUGAAGAAGGCAGCCUCGGGCCUCCCGCUUCCACACUUCUUUGCCUCUCGAACUUGCUAGCAAUUUGAGCUACCUGCGGAGGAGGCAGGGCAGGAAGGGCGAGGGCCUGCCUCUGACCUGCCCUGCCCUCGGAGGCUCCUGGGGGAAGAGCAGGGCUCUCCCUGGGAAGAGGGGGGGCACCUUUCUCAGCUCGUUCUAUUCCCCACUCACACCCCCAGGCAGGGUUGGAAAUGAAGGACUUUUUUAACCUUUUGUUUUUGUUUUUUAAAAAUAAAUCUGUAAAAUCUGG